GUAAGAGCACCAUCCAAAGUAAAACUGUGUUUCUGAACAUCUUAGUAGGUGAACUGUUUGCUCAGAGAAAAAUAACCAUGUUAAAAUGCAGCUUACUUUUGUUUGGUUUUGGACUAAUAUUUAUUGGAAAGCCAGUUCGUACAGCAGGUGCAUCCUCUCAUCAGACAUCUAGACUUACAACAUUUGAAAUAAUUACCCCUCGAAGUUUGACAGGCAGGGAGCGACGCCACACAUAUUUACAUGAGGACCAUUCAGAUGAUAAUCGCUCUUAUUCCAUUCAAACUGCAAAUGGAACAUACAUCCUAAAGCUAAAGAAAAAUAAAAAGCUUGUUAGUGAAGAUUUUGUACUAUAUACAUACAGCAAAAAUGGGAAAUUGGAGGCUACCCAUUCAAAAAUCAAGACACACUGUUAUUAUCGUGGAGUUGUUGAAGGAGUUGCUGAUUCUAUGCUUGCUCUUAGUACAUGUGAUGGCCUUAGAGGAAUCCUUCACAUUGGUGGCAAACAGUAUGGAAUGGAGCCAGUUAACAUAUCCGCUACCUUUGAGCACCUAUUUUAUCCAUUAGAACAUGUUCAGCAAGAUCCUUUUCUGUGUGGUGUGCUGAAUGAUAACCUGCACCAGGAGAAGAGUGUGAAGAAUUCUCUCAGCUAUACAAAUGUUUUACACAGUACUUUCAGUAGGAAAAAACGAGCUGUGCUGCCACAGACAAGCUAUGUGGAGCUAUUUAUGGUUGUUGAUAAAAGCAGGUAUUUGCUGAAGAAGUCUGAUCCUGUAGCUGUGCAAAAGGAAACAAUUGAGCUGACUAAUUAUGUUGAUGGGAUGUAUGGUGCAUUGAACAUCCAGAUUGUUUUGAUUGGGCUAGAAAUCUGGUCAGAUAAAAAUCACAUAAAUGUAAUGGAUGGUUCAGCUGGAGAUGUACUAAAUAGAUUUGUUUCUUGGAGAGAAAAAAAUCUUCUUAAGCGAUCAAGAAAUGAUGUUAGCCACCUCAUAAUAGGGAGAGGUGCCUAUGGUGGGACAGUUGGAAUGGCUUUUGUAAGUACAGUCUGUUCUCAAGUCCAUGGAGGGUCCAUCAGCACUCUUAAUGAUAUCAAUGUGCUACGUCAUGCCACAGUAGUUGCACAUGAGCUGGGGCAUAAUCUUGGUAUGAAACAUGAUGAUGGAAGGUGCCCCACAUCCUACAUUAUGUACAGUAUAAAUAAUGCAUCCAAGAAUUUCAGCACUUGUAGUGCCAAUGAUUUUGAGAAUCUCAUUUUGAAUGGUGGAGGAAACUGUCUUAAAAAUGCUCCAAAACCAAGUGAUAUUUUCACAGAACCUGUCUGUGGCAAUAACGUGAUGGAUAAGAAUGAAGAAUGUGAUUGUGGCAAACCCCAGGAGUGUACUAAUCCUUGCUGUGAUGCUGCAACCUGCAAACUUAAGUCUGGAUCACAGUGUGCAGAAGGGCUGUGCUGUGAAAAUUGUAAGUUUAAAGUGGCAGGAGUGGAAUGUAGACCAAAAAUGAAUUUCUGUGAUCUACCUGAAUACUGCAAUGGGACAUACCCAUACUGCCCAGAUGAUGUAUAUAUCAUGAAUGGCUACCCAUGCAACAACAUGAAAGAAUAUUGCUAUAGUGGGGUUUGCCAGAAUUUUGAUUCACAGUGUGAAUCCAUCUACGGAAAAGGAGCAAGAAAAGCACCUGAUAUGUGUUUUGAAGUAGCCAACAUGAAGGGAGAUAGAUUUGGAAACUGUGGAAUGUCAGGUGGAAAGUACAAUAAAUGUCCCAUUGAGUAAGUGACCAGCAGACAUAGUCUGUGUGGCAAACUUCAGUGUACACCUGUCAGUCUUGAAAAUCUUCCUGGUUCUAGUGUUGUCAGCAAUCAAGAUGGUGUUUCAUGUGUGACUUCUGACUUUGAUCUAGGGUCAGAUAUCCC